AUGGGAGAACAGUUAAAGGAACUUAAUAAUCUGACAACCAGCUUAUCUGAAAAGGAGCAAUUUAUUGAAUCUUUAGAGAAGCAACUAGGCGACGCUUAUUCUGGAAAUGAAGAGGCUUUAGGGGUUCUCAAUAGUAAGAUAAGUAGCUUAAAUGAAAAGAUCACUAAUUCGGAAAAAGAGAAUGAGCAACUUUCGAAAGGCAAGGACGUUCUUGAAGAAGAAUUGGCAAAACUCCAAGAUAGUGUUGAAGAAUCAAAGAACACUGUUGAAAGGUACGAGAAAAUGCUUGCAGACUGGACACAGUACGGUGAACAACGUGAGGUGUAUGUUUCAACUCUGAGCGAACAACUUGCUGAGAAUCAGUCGGUAGUUGAGAAGCUCAACCAAACCUCUACAGAAAUAUCUCAAAAAUACGAAGCCUUACAAGAAGAUCUUAAUCAGACCCAAAGCCAUCUUACGAAGACCACUGAAGAAAAGGAGGCAAUCGCCAGAAAAACGAAAGGUAUUAUGAAAGCCUACAAAGAUACGAAGAUUCAAAUAGAGAAACUGAAGAAAGACUCCCAGAAUAAAGGGACUGAAGUUUCUGAGCAACUCCAAGCUCAAAUCAAUGAUCUCACAAUAGCUCAAGCUACAUUAGCAGAGCAAAAUACUGCCCUGGCUAACGAAAGAAACGAACUUAUGUCGGAGGUUGAACAUUUUGAAGUCGAACGUGAAUUUAUGACUACUCUUAAAGACGAAAAUACUUCUCUCAAACAAUCGAUCCUCGAUCAGUCCCAACGGAUUGAGAAUCUUCAGUCAGGUCUUGACCGUACAAAUGCUGUCGAAUCUGAGCUGGUCUUGUUUAGGAAUGCUAAGGAUGCAGUAGACAACAAACUGGUCGAAUGUUCCGAUAGGAUCUCCAUGCUUGAAAAAGAAUGCGCAGAGAGAGAAGCUGAUUGCAGUGAAAAGGAAGCUGUAAUAAAUGACCUUAUGACUAAGCACGAUUGUAUGGUUGGUGAUCUGUCGGCGAAAUUUUCCGAAAUUGAAUCCAAAGAUUCGGAGAUAACAGAGCUUAGAUCUACGCAUGUUCAACAUCAUAGACUCUUCGAAGACCUCGGACUCGACUUUGAGAGGAUCAGAGAGAUUCUUCCAAAACUAGUCUCGGAUGUCCAUCUGUCCAACACUAAAUUGGAAUCACUUCAAUCACAAAUUGAAAUGUUCAUCCGGUCGAUAGGAGACCAGAACUUGGUGGAAUUUAGUAGUGUCAGAGAACAAGUUCCUGAUCGGUUUUCUGCUAUCACUGACAAGCUUGUCGGGCUAUCAAAAUCAUUGCAGCUUACAGAAGCUGAACUUGAGACACUUAAAAGCCAGACAGCUGAACUUAAAGAGGAAACUGUUCUUUUGAAGUCAGUGAAGGAAUCAUUAGAUAACACAGACAAGACAAACGACGAGUUGCGUCGAAAGGUUGAGUUCCUAGAACGAGAUCGCAGCGAACAUGAGCACACAGUGGAACUGCUUCACAAAAAGUUCGAAGAGAACUAUCAGGAGCUUUCAAGUGCGAAGAGCAUUCUCGCAAAGAAGGAAAUUGAACUGUCUGACGUCACCAACCAGUUUCAAUCUACCAUCAAUAACCUGGCUGCCAAAGAAGGAAAGAUCAAGGAACUGGAGCUUUUGAUAACUGAGAAGGAUUCUGAAAAGAUACGAAUUCAACAUAACUUUGAUAGCCAGAUCAAACACUUCCACCAAUCGUCUGCUGAUCUACAAAAUGAAUUGCUAAAACGAGAAGUGAGCUGGAAUCUACUUCGAGCUGACAAGUCUGGCCUUGAAGAGGAUAUAAAGAUAGAGUCUAACAAACUAUCAUCUGUGGUCGAAGAAAUGGAUGGUUAUAAAAGUCAGAUAGUGUCGCUCUCUACUGACCUCGCUAGUCUUCAACAAGAGUAUGAGCUGUUAUCUGGAAAGAUGAAUGUUACGGAAACUGAAUUCGAAUCUGUUUCCGAGCAGUUGAGUAAUAAAGAUUCGACCAUCCAUCACUUGGAGGAUGAGAUCAAUUCAUUUAAACGAAGAUUAGAUGCGGCUAAUUCGCCUGAUAAGGAUGAAGAGCUUCUGAAUGCCAUCCGACAAAAAGAUGACGUCAUAGAAGAGAUGAGAGGUGAACUUGACACCUUACAGAGAGACUACCAAUUAACCAUUGAUAAUCAGGAGCAGCAAAUUACUGCUCUAUUUGAUUCUGAGAGAAGCGUUCUGAGAAAUGAGAUCAAAACUCUACAAAAUAACCUUGUAUCUGUUCAGGCAGAAUUAGGUUCUAAAAAUGAGGAGGUUGGUAUUCUUUAUGGUCAAAUUAGUGAUAUCAAUGAACGAUUACAGCAAUCGGCAGACACGAAUUCAUCUCUCAAAGCUGAACUUGAAAACUUUUCUCUAAAUAUGUCCGAAACCAAGGAAAGGCUCCAAUCCAUUUCGACCCAUAAAGAAAAAAUCGAAGCAAAAAUGGGCGAUUUGUUGAAAGAUAAGCAAGAUCUUCAGACCCUCUGUGACUCCUUGUCAAGUAAUGUUCAACAUUUGGACAGCAAAAAUCAAGAACUAGCCGCAAAUCUGAGUAUGUCUAACUUAGAUCGGAAUGUGCUACAAAAGAGUGUGUCUGAGCAGAACAAACAAGACACAAACGUUCUUCAGACGAAGUUAACCUCUCUGAAAGAGCUGAACAAGACGCUUGAACAGUCUCUUCUAAAUUCUGAAGACAGUAUUGGUGAAGUAACAGCUAACUACGAGCAGAAAUGCAUGGAAAUUUCAGCUGUUGAACGAGAUCUCUCUGUCAAGAAAGGACAGAUUCAUGAUCUCAAGAAGCAACUGGAAGAGGCUGAAGGACAGCUCUCUGAGAAAGUUAGCGUCAUGACCCAGCUGGAAGUUGAUUUCAAAAAGCUUAUUGCUAGCAAUGCUGAUCUUGAGGGAAAACUCAACAACUUCUCAUCAGAAGAUAACAAAGUUGCUAACUCUAAAAUAUCUGAACUAAAAGUUGAUCUUGAACAAGCCCUGGUAGACAACCAAAUGCUGCGAGACAAUAACGGCCUGUUAGUGAAAAACAACACCCAACUCACUGACAACUAUAAACAACUUCACGACAGUGUUUCGGUUUUCCAGCAGCGAGACCAGUAUCUUAACGAAAUGUGCCAAAAACUACAAUCUCACACCUCGUCUCUUGAGGCGCACAUCAGAACCAUAUCGGAUGAUUUCUCCAAAAAAGUUGCCGAUGCUGAUAAUGAGAAAAGUAACCUUCUAGAACAGUUGUCCUCAUUCAAAUCAGGAUCGGCUGUGACACCACAAGUUACCGAACUGAAAGACGAAAUGGUUCACAUGCGGAACUCAAAGGAGAAGCUUGUCAGUGAGGUGGAGACAUAUCAGGCUCGUUUACAAGUCGCUACUUCUAGAGCAGAUGCGCUGGAGAAGUCAAUACAGGAAAUAUCAGCACGUUACAAUAUGCAGUGUGGAACUGUGGAGAAGAAGACGGCUGAUCUGGCUAAACUAAUGAAACAGUACAAAAACAUUAAACAGAAACUGGUGAAUGAGCUGAACACAAGGAAAAGUUUGGUACAAGAGACCAUUAAUGGCAAGGAGAAAGUUGCCAUCAAGUUUGGAGAAAAAUCUAAACGAUUGAGGGAAAUGCAAGGUCAACUCUACUCUUGUCAGAAAGAUCGAGAAACAUUAACUACCGCCGUCGAAGGGAUCUUGGACUCGAUCACGCCGCUACGAGGAAAGAUUGAAACUGAAUCGAGUAAAGACGAACCAGUCAGUGAUAAUCUAUCUGGAGUAAUAGAAAAUCUGGAGCAUAAAACUAAAGACAUUCUAACGUUCCUAUCCCGACCCCUGCCCUCCCCAGCCUUAUCACGAGUAGACCUCUCUGCUUACCGAGACUCCGACCUUUGGUCAGAAUACUCCCGCGGGGACUCGCUCGCCCUGAGUGACUCUGUCAGCGACUUUGGGGAAAACCGAUCUAUGAGAUCGGAACUGAGCAUGUUCAGUGGUAUAACUAACAUGACAAACAAUUCCAUUCUGACGAAUAAUAAUAAUAAUCAGACUAGUAAUCAGACAUUGCCCAUUAUGAGGGACAGAAAUGGCUCUGGGACGAGCUCCUCCUCAGAACGACAUCGAGCUAACAGUACGAAUACUGAAAUAAGUAGGACCAGUACUGGUGUUAUUAAUAGGUUGGCUUACAAUAUCAUGGGUGACACCAGAGGCAGGUCACCUGGCGAAAGCACGUAACCAUUUUUCUGGACGAGUUUUAUUUUUUGAUAAUUUAAUUUAUUGUUUUGAGGAUAAUAAUAUGAUAAUGUAAUUGUUGGUUUGUGUGAUUAGCAAAUCUUUGUUCAACUUGGCUUAUUGGUUGAUAUAAGAGACUGUUUGAGUUGAUUACAGUGAAUUUGGUAAUAAACUUCAAAGAUUUUUUUUCCUUGAGUGGUGAAUACGUUAAUUUAAUUUGAUUGCUUAAAAGAAAAAAAAUUUGGAUCUGCUUUUUUAGUUUUACUUUAUUUUCACGUCUGAUUUGUUUUGUUCUUUCUAAAACAAUUUCAAUUUCUAAAAUGAUUUCACUCAUGGUAUUGCUUUUUAUAAUUCAAAAUAUAUAGUUACAGGAAAAUUUGAGAUCUUGAUAAGCGUUAUAGGAGUUAGGUUUGUAAUGAUUAUUUGGUUUCAGUGAAGUGUUUGUUUAUUAACAAUGUGUAACUAAACUACGGAGUUGAGGAUGUGUGGUUUGAGUUACCGAAUGAAAAACGUAUUUGUUGUCAGUUAGUUUUCGUGAUCUUAUUUUUUGUUACAUAACAAGAGGGAAAAAGAAUUAAUUGUGAGAUUUGUGAGUAUUCCAUAAACUUCUAGUUAUCAGAUUUAAAUAGUUAUUUUCAUC